CCGAAACCGAGUCCCAUCUCGGCCCCACCACCCACCACCUCACCCCCAUAUAAUCCGCCCUUUCCCUUUGCAAAGUCUCUACAAGUUCAAAAUUUUCUCAAUUUUCCUCUUAGCCAUAGCGCUCUCGAGCCCACCGGGCGAGGUCUUCCGGCCUACGCCGCACUCCCCGUCUUCUGGGGCUGUGCCCAUGUCUCUCCACCAGCCUCACGCGCCACCACUUCCGCCACCACAGCACCCGCUUCUACCUCCAGCUGCACAACCGAAGCAGCUGCUGAAGCCAUCGCUGCCGCUUUAUAAGCAGCAUUCUUGGUCACCGGAUAUUUAUCGAGAUGAGGCUUGGCUUAGGCGGAAAGGAAACUGCAAGAAUCGGAGAAGCAAGAGCGUUACCGAUGAAGAUCUCGAUGAGCUUAAGGCUUGCAUCGAAUUAGGUUUCGGUUUUGACUCACCUGAGGUGGAUCAACGGUUAUCUGAUACUUUACCCGCCCUGGGACUAUAUUACGCUGUUAACAAGCAAUAUUACGAUACCGUUUCCAAGUCAGUCACGGCAAAUACGACGUCGUCUUCGUCCACGGCGUCCGACUGUGAGACGCCGUCUCCAUUGGGAAGCCCCCAUACAUUCUUCAGUCCAGGUGAUAAUCCACAGACGGUGAAGACGAGGCUAAGGCAGUGGGCGCAGGUGGUUGCUUGUUCGGUGAGGCAAUGUUCGAGUUCAAGCUAGGUGAUGAUGGUGGACGAUAAGCAACUAGCUAGCCAAGGAUCAGGGUUAAAUGGGAACCAAACUGGAACCAAACAUCAAAAUCAAGAUUAUUCAUCAACUUGUUUGAUACGAUAACGAUUCUUCUCGCCACCAACUUUGUAUAUGUUUGAUCUGAGAUAUUUAAAGAAAGGAAAUCAAAAGAAAAAGGGUAGGGAAGAAAGAGGAAGAAGAAGAAGAGGAAGAUGAUGAUGAUGAUGAAGUGGAAGAAAGGCAAUGUGAAAAAUUAAAAUCAGCUAGCUUGUACUGUUACUGGAUUGACUUUCUUGUUGCCCCUGUUUUAUUUCCUGUGUUUACUGUCUGAAAUGGUUAGUUAAAUUAGGUAAUAUAUAUAAUAUAUAUUUAUAUAUACAUGUGAAAAAAGAUCAACAGAUGUUAAAUGUUUCUCUUUGGAGUGAUUGAACAUGUAAUUUAGGCUUUGUUUUAUAAAAAAAAGAAAAGAAAAGAAACAUAUGGCAUAAAGCAA